AUGCUCGACCAACUGCCUCCAGAAAUUUUUGCGCGAGUGCUAGAGAUCGCGAUCGAAACAUGGGGCAUUGGAUUCCUCCCUCCCAUUCGCCUGGUCAAUUCCACCUGCAACAACAUUGUGUCGUCUACGCCUAGCCUUUGGGGCAUCAUUGCGCUCCAGAAGCACCUUUGGAAGGUCCUUGAACAGCAAGUUGCAAAAGCCAAACAAUCCGAUAUUCGUCUUAGCUGCCCAAAGAAGGCCUCGUUUUCGCGAGACAAGCGUUUUCUCCGCAUCUUCGACAGCCUCGUCGCAUUAUCGCACAACUGGGUGCUGGCAGAGCUUCCGACAGACCUUCUUACAAAAACCACCGCCUCAAGCGUGCGACGUUUACAGGUCCUCCAUCUACGUGGGAGUGGCCAGCCCUCUCUAGCCUCUCGUUUUUUCGAUGGCAAACUUCCAUUGCUCCAUACCCUCACCCUUUCCAACCUCACCGUGGACGAUUGGAUCGCAGGCCUGUUAUCGCCAACGAUAACCCACUUAACUUUCGAUCACUACCGGUUGGACACCAUGGUUCCAAUGCACCGUUACCUCUCUUGCCUACCCAAUCUAUAUACGAUCGAAUUCGAGGACAGUGGGUUUCCUGGUGUACUCGCUGCAGGCUCGUCUGUCUCUCUUCCCCAUUUGCAUAACCUCCAAAUCAACAACGUCUACAAUGCUGCUCCGCUCUUGCUCACUAUUUGCUCACCAAACAUCCGUGUUUUGAGCAUGAAAGAUUGCUCGGCCGCCCAGAUGUCCCUCGUUUUCUCUGAUUGGAGCCAACCCAAGCACCUUCCCAGCCAACUCCAAACACUCGAACUUAGCAACGUCCUCACUCACUCCGACCUUCCCUAUCUCAUCAGCUUCCUGUCCCGCAUCCCGUCCCUGCUCCGGCUUUUAAUAACCUAUUAUGAACCGGAAAGUAUCUAUGACGGCGAGCGGGCGCUAAGCAAUGUUUUACGAGCAUUGGCGCAUCCCAACACGAACGGCGACUGGUUGUGCUCAGCACUUAUCCAUCUUUGCCUUGAUGUCCCGUUACAACUGAUAGAUGCUAUCCCUAUUGCCCGUGCCCGUGGCAAUGGCGAGAAAGCGCUCCCGACUCCUGUCGCUCGUCUGCGCUCAGUGCAAGUGCCGCUUUGUGCGGGCGGGACUCCUGAGGAGGCAUCAGAAUUUCGUAGCUUCUUUCUUAACCCGGUUGAAGACGUUCGCUGCAUGUGUUUGUCUUGCAGUUUCAAUGUCGCUGUUGAGUGA